AUGGGCGCAGGGGUGCAGCGGAGGACGUUCGCCAGGCUGGACACGCUGGAUGAGCCCUCGGGGGAUGACCCGCGGUUCACCAUGCCCGCGCACAUGGAUCCGAAGCUGAGGAAACCCGGCAAGAAGACGGUCGCGCUCGGCGUUGGGCUGACCUUCGUCGGGUGUGUCCUGCUCGGAUGCUACCUGCUGUGGUACUUUGGCUUCAUGCCCAUCCCGGACGACGAGGAGAGGGGGACGAGCCUGGCGCUGCUCGUCCUCGGGUGCAUUACCCUUGCGCCGGGUUUAUACGUCACGACGAUACUCGCGGCGGUGUGGCGGGGGAUACCGGGGUUCACGUACGAGAUGAUACCCUCGUUCGAGGACUGA